GCUACUUUUAAGGGUUUUGCAGUGUUGGAAUCUUCUAGUGGGUUAUGUCAGAACAACUGGAAAUUUAUUUAGUGGGUUGGAAUUGGGGGAGUUGACCUAGAUUUAUUGUCUGAUUUGGGAAAGACUAGUUAUUUUUUCUCGUUUCUUAACUGAGAUUUUCAACAACAUAUAGAGAAGAAAGGAACAAGAUUUGUGAAGUGCGUAAUUUGCUGCUUUUGAACAAGUUUGUUGUUGGUGAAGCAGCUCAAGUAAGUAUGUGGAUGAAUUAAGGGGUCUGGUUUCUAACAAUUUUCAUUCUGAGGAGAUAUGGCAUGUAUGAAGUUGGGAUCCAAAACAGAUGCAUUCCAAAGAAAAGGGCAGGCCUGGUUCUGCACAACUGGCCUCCCAAGUGACAUUGUUGUUGAAGUUGGGGAAAUGACUUUCUAUCUCCACAAGUUCCCAUUGCUUUCUAGAAGUGGGGUUAUGGAAAAACGGAUUGCAGAAGCAUUUGAAGGAGAAGAUGGCUGUGUUAUUGAACUCACUGACAUCCCUGGUGGUGCUAAAACAUUUGAACUUGUAGCUAAAUUUUGUUAUGGGGUUAAGCUAGAGCUUACAGCAGCAAAUGCUGUAUACCUUCGAUGUGCCGCAGAGCAUUUUGAUAUGACUGAAGAAUAUGGGGAGAGGAAUCUGAUAUCACAGACUGAGGUUUUUCUUAAUCAGGUAGUUCUCCGUAGCUGGAAAGACUCUUUGAAAGCACUCCAAACCUGUGAUGAUGUUCUUCCAUAUGCUGAAGAACUCAAAAUUACAAAAAGGUGCAUUGAUUCAUUAGCUGUGAAGGCAUGUACUGAUCCCAACCUGUUUGGUUGGCCUGUGAUGGAGCACGUUGGCCCCUUGCAGAGUCCUGGAGGGAGUAUCCUAUGGAAUGGAAUAAGCACUGGAGCUAGGCCAAAACAUUCAAGUUCAGAUUGGUGGUAUGAGGAUGCAUCAACUUUAAGUUUACCUCUUUAUAAGAAGCUAAUUUCUGCUAUGGAAUCUCAAGGAGUCAAACAGGAAAUUGUUGCUGGUUCCCUCAGUUAUUAUGCUAAAAAGUACUUGCCUGGGCUAAACAGGCGGCAUACCUCUUCUGAGUCCACUAACCGACUUGCGCCAGUUGGUUUAGGUUCUUCGCUAUCGGAAGAAGAUCAGAAACUUUUACUUGAAGAGGUGGAUAAUUUGCUUCCCAUGCAAAAAGGCGUAGUUCCAACUAAAUUCCUCUUUGGCCUACUGAAAACAGCCUUGAUUCUUCGAGCCAGUCCCUCUUGCAUAUCAAACUUGGAGAAAAGGAUAGGAAUGCAGCUUGAUCAGGCCACUCUAGAAGAUCUCUUAAUGCCUAAUUUCUCUUACUCGAUGGAGUCGCUUUAUAAUGUUGACUGUGUACAGAGAAUUCUUGAGCACUUCUUAGCCAUGGAUCAAGGAACUGGUGGUGAAUCACCCUGUUCCAUUGAUGAUGAGCAAUUAAUUGGUUCACCAUCUCUGACACCAAUCACUAUGGUGGCAAAACUAAUCGAUGGAUAUCUUGCUGAGGUUGCCCCAGAUGUUAACUUGAAGCUUCCCAAGUUUCAGACUCUUGCUGCUUCUGUUCCUGAAUACGCAAGGCCCUUGGAUGAUGGCCUUUAUCGUGCAAUUGACAUUUAUCUCAAGUCACAUCCAUGGUUGGGAGAGUCCGAUAGAGAACAACUCUGCAGGCUUAUGGAUUGCCAGAAGCUCUCCUUGGAAGCUUGUACACAUGCUGCACAGAAUGAACGACUCCCUUUAAGGAUUAUAGUACAAGUACUCUUCUUCGAACAGCUGCAGUUGAGAACAUCCAUUGCAGGAUGCUUCCUAGUGUCCGAAAACCUUGAUGGGGGGUCAAGGCAGUUGAGAAGUGGCACGGUGGGACCAAAUGAGGGGGGCUGGGCUACUGCUGUGAGAGAAAAUCAGGUGUUGAAGGUGGGGAUGGAUAGCAUGAGGGUACGGGUGUCAGAGCUUGAGAAGGAGUGCUCAAACAUGAGGCAGGAGAUCGAGAACUUGGGUCGAUCAAAGGGAUCAAGCACUUGGGGAAAUGUAUCCAAGAAGUUUGGGUUCAAGUUGAAGUCUCAAAUGUGCAGUGCUCAGGAGGGAUCUGUUAGUAACCAGAACAAGAUAAAUAGUAAGGCUAUAAAGGAUGACAAGGCAAAAGAAAACUAUCGAAAGCACUAGAAAAACUACUCUAUAGAUGAUGAAUUAUUCUCUUUCUAUUCUUUGAAGGAUCUUGGCUUGCUUCUGUUUAGUUAAAGUCUUCAGUUUCUUUGUCAUAUAUGUUGAUUAGGUUCUUUGACAAUCUCGUCUGUGUAGGCUACAUUAACAUCGUCAAGUGUAUUUUAUGUAUCUUAUUUAAAAUCGUCUGUCACUCUUUUUACCUUCAAUAAGUGCAAACAUCUACAUUGUCCAA